AAAAAUCUCAGAGCUGUGAAAAGCUGAGAAAGGAAGAAAAAGAAAAGAAAAAAUAGAAAAAUGAAUGCUUGCUGUGGAGGAAAGAAGCAAAUCUAAACCACAACAGAAGAGGUUUUAGUUACUCUGAAUCCUUGUUUUCUCGGAAAGGAGAGAAUGCUGCGAAGUUACUUCAGAGUUCAUUGGAGCCGAUCGAUCUGUUUGCAGUUCUCCGAUCCGAACGUCCUCGCAAAGCAAUAAAUGUUGCAGAUCCCGAGUGUCUGAUGCGGCAUUCGUGGCAUUUCGUAACUGGCGUUUAAGCUCUGCUUUCUUUUUGAUCUUGAGAUCGUGGUCGCACAUGACGAGGUUUCUAGCUCUCUCUGCUUGAAGAAUUUUGACUCGGUAAAGUUGGGUUGUCAGAAUUGGAAUUAAUUUAAUUUGGCGUAGCCGGCAAAUCAAAACCAAGCACGGUCUUUUGUACGAGUAUGAUUGUGGGCUGACCGAGCAGAAGAACAUCUGUUUUUGUAGUUAGCCGGAUAGCUACUAUGCGGUUUUUGUUUUGGUUCAACUGUUGUAUGAUUUCGGGGCGAAUGGACAGGUUGGGGUGACAAUUCAAAAGUUUUAGCUUUUGGUGCCGUGAUGCCUCCUUCUCCGGCAUUGAGAUGCUCUCCUGGGAGAGAGCCUAGAGGGGCCAAUCACAAGCGAGGACGGAGUCUCGAGAGUGGAUUGUUGUUCAGAGAGAAAGAUGAUCUUGCUUUGUUCAACGAAAUGCAGACCAGAGAAAGAGACAAUUUCUUGCUUCAGUCGACUGAUGACAUUGAAGACACAUUUUCAACAAAAUUGAGACACUUUUCUGCAAAUAAGCUUGGAAUCUCCAUUCCAGCACGAGGAGAGAGUAGUGACCUGCUCAAUGCCGAUGAGGAGAAGAAUGACUAUGACUGGUUACUAACCCCUCCGGACACCCCUCUGUUUCCUUCAUUGGACGAUGAGCCACAACCAGUUAAUGCUGCACCCAGGGGCAGACCUCGGAGUCAACCUAUUUCUAUAUCAAGAUCCUCCACAAUGGAGAAGAGUUUCAGAAGCAGUAGGGGUAGUGCCAGUCCAAAUCGCUUAAGCCCAUCUCCUCGGUCUGGGAGUGGCACAUUCCAGUCGAGGGGAAGGCCUUCAUCAGCAACUCAUUCCAGUCCACCCCCUGGUCUACGGCAUGCUACUCCAUCACGGAGGCCGUCCACUCCUCCAAGUAAACCCUCAACACCUGCUCCAAGGUCUUCUACCCCAACUCCUCGGAGGGUGAGCACUGGGUCCAGUGGUAACAUGGCCUCACCAGUGACUAGAGGACCUUCCCCCAUAAAGACAAAUCGAGGGAACUCUGCUUCGCCAAAAGUAAGGGCAUGGCAGGCAAAUAUUCCAGGUUUCUCCUCUGAUGCGCCUCCCAAUCUUCGUACUUCUCUGGCUGAUCGACCAGCAUCAUAUGUGAGGGGUUCCUCACCAGCAUCCAGAAAUGGUAGGGAUUCUACCUCCAAAUUCAACAGGCAAUCAAUGUCCCCAACAGCUUCUAGAAGCAUCAGUUCAUCUCAUAGUCAUGAUCGAGACAGAUUCAGCUCUCACAGCAAAGGUUCUGUGGCAUCGUCUGGUGAUGACGAUGUAGACUCGCUACAAUCCAUUCAUGUGGGGAGUUUAGACCGAGCAACUUCAAGGAGAGUUGGUGCAUUAUCAAAUAACCAAGCUCUGCCCUUCUCUAAGAAAUCAACUAGAAUAGUGUCCUCAGUAUCUACUCCAAAAAAAUCAUUGGACUUUGUCCUUCGACAGACGGAUAACCGGAAAAUUCCUCAGAAUAUGUUCAGACCGCUCUUAUCCAGUGUCCCCAGUACCACCUUUUAUGGUGGGAAAGCAAGUUCUGCAUAUCGUUCACUGAUAUCUAGGAACUCCUCAGUCACAACAAGCAGCAAUACAAGUUCUGAUCAAGGUGUAGGUGCUGCCCUUGAUACUGAAGGUAGUGACCCGAACCAGGAUGAUGCAGCAAGUGAAUGUGCGAAAGUUGCGUAUCCUGACGUUCAUGAAGAAGUAUUUGCCUUUGAUAAGAUGGAUGUAGUGAAUGAAGGUAUUGGGCAUGAAGUGCCUGUUGUGUCACUUCACAUUCAGCAUGCUGACUUUGAUAAAGGCCCUGCAGUUGACUAUGUUAAUGUUGACUCUGGAAACUCUGGUCACCAUGGUAUUGCCAUGGGAAUUAAUGCGACUUCUGCAGCUUUUCAUGCCAAGGCUGACUAUUUAGAAGUUGAUAUUCUUGAAAAUAUGGAAAUUUGUUCGAAGUGUGGCUCUACAUACAUUGCUGUUGGUGAACUGGAAGGAGGCAUUGAACUUUGUCCAGAAUGCUGGAGGAAAGAUAAAAUUUUGAGUGCCAUAAUUCCAGAAACAGCCACCGUAGUUCCUGUAAAGUCCCUCUUGAUGUCUACGAACAUUUCUGCAGAAGAAAAACCUUUGGAUGAGAUGGAGCCCCAAAUUAUUAUACCUGAAUUUGAACACAUUGCUUAUGUGGGUGAACCAAAUGUUUCACAGGGUGAAGAGAAUGUUGAGCAAGGCCAGACUCCCCUGAGUGAGCAACAACAUAACUACUCUCGAGAAUAUGCAAAGUCGUUGAUGGAGGAAACUGAGCAUAGGGAUGUCAACGAGCAAGAGAGGUGCCAACCAACUGUUGGUUACCGCAUAACUGAUAAUGAAAUUGGGGGUCAGCAAUUGCAUCACUAUAAUGAGUAUCCAAAUUUGAAGGUUGACUUUUCAGAAGGUACAGGCAUCUCUAUACUGCUGAAGAGGUCAAGCAGUAACAAGGGGCCUGUUUUUCAAGGCAGAACAUUUACUGCUGCUACAAUACCUUACGAUGAUCUUUCUCUUGCAAGAGACAGUGUAAGCAGUAUGAGAAGCUCCGUUGGGCAUGGCAGUUUCUCAGCAUCAUCAUCUAUUGAUUUCAGCUUAGCUAGACAAACGGAGAGUCGUGUACAACGACAGUUAAGCAGCAGGAAAUCUGACCUGGAGAAUUACCGAUAUGACAUAAACACGAAGCCUCAAAGCAAUGGGUCAUCUUUAUGUGGCAGUUCAAACCCUGCUCACCUUGGAUCAGAUCUUGCGUCAAGCACAUUUAUAGAAGAAAACUCUGAGGUUUCUGCUGGGAAUGUAAAAGAUGCUAAAGUGGAAACACCAACAGCAUCUGAAGAACAAGCACUCGUGUUGGAAUAUAUGCAAGCAGGUGCUACUGGUACAUCUUUUACUGGGACAACAGUUGUCGAGAAUGAUAAUUUUGAAUGUGAUGAUGGUAGUAGAGCACUUGAUGCUUCCAACUUUGAAAUAUCCAGUCAUGCUGUCAGUGUUCAGUUAGAGGACAACAUAAAUUAUGAAGAUUGUGUUUCUUGUGGAAAUGGCCAAAAUUUCACCGAAAAUGCAAGGAGUACCAUGUAUAUGGAAGCAUCAAAUAGAACUCCAGAUUCCUCUUUUGGAGAAGAAUUUGCCUUGCUUAACGGUAGCAUUGAUGAAGUGGACGUUGCACAGGUUCUUUCACAGAGCACUUUGGUUACUAUGUCGGAUGGGAAAUCUGAACAAUGCUGUCAGAGUACCCCUGGUUCACAGAUUGAUGAAGUCUCUCUGAUUUGGAAGAGCACCAAGGGCGAAUUGCAGGAGUCUUAUGUUACAGCCUCUUCAGAAGGGGAUUUAAUUGCUGCAGUUUCGGAGCCCAACACCUCUGAUCAUGCACAUGGCAUCCUUGAGGAAUCAACAGUAAUGGUAGAUGGUCAGGGUGGAAGUAAGUCAAGAAGUCUAACACUUGAGGAGGCAACAGAUACAAUACUCUUCUGCAGCUCCAUCGUCCAAGAUCUGGCCUACCAGGCGGCCACCAUGGCGAUGGAGAAGGAAAGCUCAAUCCCAUUGGAAGGUUCCUGGCCAACAGUUACAAUACUGGGAAAAUCAAAUUCUGAGAGAAAGGUUCCACGAGGCAGAACUGCUGGCAAACGCGCUUCGAAAGCCCAGAAGGCCAGGCAAAGGCAGGUGGAAACAGAUGCGAAACCCGCAUCCAAUAAGACUGAGAAUGAUGAGAAUGUUGACGACUCUUUGACCCGAUAUGUUGGUAUUCCCAACAAGGUGGACAGCAUGAAGCCUCCAAAGCUGGAAUCCAAGUGCAACUGCACAAUAAUGUGAAGUUCAUUUUUUAUUAAGGUCGUGCUCAAUGGUGACCAACAUGCUAUUCCCUUGUAUGUUACUGGCUAAUGCUUGAAGGGCUGUUUGACUUGUUGCCAAUCGGUUCCUGGUAAUCCAAUUUCUUUGUGAGAAAUGCCAUGUUGUCUUUGGGGGCAGUAAUUGUAAAGUAAUUUUUUUUCUUUCCUCUUUUUUCUUUUUUUGUUAGGCUGGCAUUAGUGAGAGGCACUGGAGUUUGUGUUUGCCCCAGUAGCCACAUUCUUGUUCCCUUUGGUUCAAUCCUCCAUAAGAGAUGUGUGAACGAAAUUCCACUCAUUCUUAUUCAUUAUGAUUGUGAAGUA